CGCGCUGAGCUGCUGGGUGUGUAGCGCGCAUCUUCCUUCGUCGGUGGAGCAGAGGAGCCCUGGUCCGGCUCGUGGUGCGGAGGUGCCUGUGGCGCUGCGGCGGCGGGGACGGCGCGGGGCUGGGCGGGCCCGGAGGAGCGCCCGUUCGUGUGGUCUGAGGAGCGGCCCGGGUGGAGACCUGCGCCUGGGUGUUUGGUCCAAACAUCUUGAUGUUUCAUCCCACAUCUAAUUCAUCAGCAGAUCCUAUUGACUGUACCUUUGAAAGGCAUCUGCAGUCUGACUGCUUGUCACCUGCUACCACUAUCUGCUCCAAGGCACUAUCGUCUCUAGCUGUGUUAUUGCUAGGGUCUUCCAGUUGGUUUUCCUGCUUCUACCCUUACACCCUCCUCCCUGCCCCCAGUCCAUUUUCAAAGCAGCAGCUGGAGCAGCCACAUGUCAAGUCAUAUCACUCUGCGCAGAUCUUCCAGAUGCUCCCCAUCUCAUUCAGAAUAAAAGCCUCAGCCUGCCUCCUUGGGACAAGCUCGGAGACCCAGUGAUGGCCCACAAUCAGUUCCUUCCUAGCAGGCCCCAGGUCUUGGUUUCCUUCGAGGAAGUAGCUGUGCUCCUCUCCCAGGAGGAGUGGGGCCAUCUGGAUCCUGCUCAAAAGGGCCUCUACAGGGAUGUGAUGCUGGAAACCUACAGGAACCUGGUCUCACUGGGACUUCAAGGUUCCAAACCUGAUGUCAUCUCCAAGCUAGAGCAGGGGGAAGAGCCAUGGGCCCCACCCUCACCAAGAAUUGAGAGGAGCUGGAUCUGGAGACACAGACGUGCAGGUUAUGAAUCUAGGAAGGGAAAAAAAGAAUUGACUCCAAAGCAGGAAAUUUCUGAACAAAUGGAAUCCCAGAGAACAAAAUCAGAAGAACAUGUCAGAAAUAUUCCCAAGGAAUCUUAUUAUGAAGAGAUGACUGAAACUGAGGGAAAGCUAAAGAAUUGCUUGGGGAAAUCUGCAAUGGAGGGACUUAAGAAGAAUUUCCCCCAGAAGAGCAACUUCAAGCCCAUGACAGUGACAUGUGUGAAAACCCCCUCGGGGGAGAGAAGCCCGAAAUUCAGUGCAGCUGAGGUAAACCGCGCUGUAGAUGCAAGUCCUGUCAGAAACUGCAGACUGUCUUCAGGGGAAAGUCUCCACCAGAGUGUGUCACAUGUGGAAAACUUCCAACCAAGUAAGGAGCUCACUAACCUCCAAAGUUUCUGUGUAGGAGAACGAGCCUGUCAGGCAGGUGUGUUUGUGAAAGUGCCCAGGCAGAAUUCACUUUUCAGUGAGAACCAGAGGAUUAACAGUCCAGAAAAACCCUUGGGAAAGUUUGCUAUAUGUGGAAUAGCUUUUGGUCAGAGUAGAGUUCUCAUUCAACACCGGAGACUCCACAGUGGAGAGAAGCUCUGCACAUGUGAGGAAUGUGGCAGAGCUUCCCAUGCCCGUCCCUACACCAUGCAGCACCGUCACACUCACACUAGAGAGACACUAUGUGAGAAAGCUCUUACUACACAUCCGUCUUAUGUUCAGCAUCAUAAAGUUCACAGUGGUACAAAGCCCCACGAGUGCAGUCAGUGUGGAAAAGCCUUUAGUCAUAGCUCUAACCUGACCCAUCAUCAGAGGGUACACAGUGCAGAGAAGCCAUAUGUGUGUUCGGACUGUGGGAAAGCUUUCCAGAGACACUCACACCUCAUUCAGCAUCAGAGGACCCAUUCUGGAGUGAAGCCUCAUGGCUGUGCUGAGUGUGGCAAAGCCUUCAGCACACACUUGUCUCUCAUUCAACAUCAAAGGACUCACACAGGAGAAAAACCCUAUGAGUGUAACAAAUGUGGAAAAUUCUUCAGCCUGAACCGAACUCUUGCUGUUCAUCAGAGAACCCACACUGGAGAGAAACCCUAUAGGUGUAAUGAAUGUGGAAAACCCUUCAGUCAGCGCUCACAAGUUAUCCAACACAAGAGGGUUCACACUGGAGAGAAGCCUUUUGUCUGCAGUGCGUGUGGGAAAUCCUUCGGGGCCCGCCUGUCCCUCACCCAGCAUCAGAGAAUCCACACUGGAGAGAAACCUUAUGGGUGUGAUGAGUGUGGGAAAACCUUCAGUCAGAGGGGACACCUAGCCCAACAUCAGCGAAUCCACACUGGAGAGAAGCCCUACGAGUGUAGUGAGUGUGGAAAAGCCUUCAGCCAGAGUUUCAACCUCAUUCACCAUCAGAGGACACAUAAUGGUGAGAAGCCCUAUGCGUGUAAUGAGUGUGACAAAGCCUUCAGUGUGCUCUCCUCCCUCGUCCAGCAUCAGAGAGUGCACAAUGGAGAGAAGCCCUACGAGUGCCACAGCUGUGGGAAGGCCUUCAGCCAGGGCUCACACCUAAUCCAGCACCAGAGGAGUCACACUGGAGAGAAGCCCUAUGAGUGUGGUGAGUGUGGGAAAACCUUUGGACAGAUAUCCACCCUAAUUAAGCAUGAGAGGACACACAAUGGGGAGAAGCCCUAUGAAUGCAGCCACUGUGGGAAAGCCUUCAGCCAGAGUGCACACCUCAUCCGCCAUCGAAGAAUCCACACUGGGGAGAACCCUUAUGCAUGUAGUGACUGUGGGAAGGCCUUCAAUGUCCGUUCCUCCCUCAUUCAGCAUCUCAGGGUUCACACAGGUGAGAAGCCUUACAAGUGCAGAGAAUGUGGCAAGGCCUUCAGCCAGCAUUCACAGUUCAUUCAGCAUCAGAGGGUUCACAGUGGAGAGAAACCCUACAUGUGCAGCGAAUGUGAGAAAUCAUUCAGUGCACACUUGUCCCUUAUCCAACACCAGAGAAUUCACACUGGAGAGAAGCCCUACGAAUGCACUGAAUGUCGAAAGUCCUUCCGACAAAGCUCUCACCUCAUUCGACAUCAGAGAAUCCACAGUGGAGAGCGACCUUAUAUGUGUAGUAGAUGUGGGAAAACUUUCAGCCAGAGAAUAGCUCUUAUUAGUCACGAGAAAGUUCACAGACUCCACGGUGGAGAGCACGCCCAUCAGUGUAAUGGUCGUGGAGAGUUCUUUGGUGCAUGAGCAGCAUCUGUCCAGCACUGGCUGGCUCACGGUGGGGAGUGACUUGCUCUGUCUGAUACAUUCUUCACUGUUUUACAGCAGGAGAGUCCUACUGAUGAGAAAGCACCCAUUAUGACUUUCCUUUUGGAAAUUCAGCUCUUAAGGAGUUAAACUGUCUCCCAAUGUGCUGCUCAGUGAAGGCAGGCUGCCGAAUUAUGUGGCAGACAUUCCAAGGUAACAUGCUUUCCCUCAGACCCAGAGGUUGGCCCUCUACUUGAGUGUUGUAAACAAAUUCAAUUUAAAUAUGAUUUCUUAGGUCAUGUUUUUACAGCACCAGACCUUAGUGUUCCACUUGGCCCCUGCCUUUCUUUUCUUUCCUCUUCAUCAUCUAUUUCAGCUUCAAGAAAAGGGAUCCUUGGACUUUCGAGUGUGAUGGAACUGGGUUGGGGUUUUCUUAUUUGUUUGUUUAUGAGGCCUUUUCAAAAAGUUUUUGUUCUAUUGUGAGGGGUAUGAUAUGUUUAACUUCAAAGGGGUUAUCCUUUUUCAGUAUCAGGUAAUCCACACAGGUGAGAAGCCAUAUGAGUUAUAAACAGAAUUUGUUAAGGAAUGAGGUGAGGCUUGUGUGUAGAUUCAGACUGUUGAAAUCCUGCUAAGAAGUCAAAUGACUCAUGUAAACUGGGAUUUACUGCAGGGUAAUUUUGAAAGAAAAAAACCCAUGAAUUGUGGGAGCGGAAUAGGUGUAAAGUAGACACAGGCUGGUAUGGGACCUGGGACACAGCUUACAGAUUCUGUUGAUAUAUUCUGGAUCCACUCUAAGGGAGAGGAGGUGAGUGGUCGCAGCUGUUCCCUUUCACUGGGCAGCCUCGCACUGAGCAGACUCUGGUGAGGAGGGCAGGUCAUCCUGCUGCCAAAGGACAGGACUCCAGGUGAGGCAGGGUCACGGCUUUAAGCAGCUUGCUGUGGGUAGGUUAUUGUGCAGGUUGUCUGUCAGCCUGGAACCCCUGUCUGCAUGCUGUACAUGUGCUUUUGUCCCUCCCUGGAGAUGUGGUGGUCAGCAGUAUCUCAGUGCCUGUGAUCCUCCCACCUGAUGCUUGAGGUGAUGCUAAGCAUCCUGGGAGCUGAUUUCCUGAGCACAGUCUUCAGAGUUGCUGCCCCUGGUUCAUCAUGUGUACUUCACUCCAGUGUCCUCAGAACCCCAUUCUCCAGAAGUUUCUAUGGCACUUCCUUCUAGUUUUUUGGGAAGGAAAGAUUAGUGUCAGAUGGGCUGAAACAGGAUUAUAAAUAGGAGAGAUUCAGCAGAAGCAGUCUGUGAGAGACAAUUCUAGAAACAAAUCUGGCAGCUGAAAGUGGCUUCUGAUGAGAAGCUGGUACCAUGUGUGCAAACCCUUGGGAAGGCACUAACAGGAUCUGGGGUGGGCUGUAGCAGAGUGGCGCUUUGUGAAUAAGUCAGGGUGAGAGUAGAGUGAAAGUGGAGCAGUGAAUUGUUUAAAAGCUGGGCGUUCUAUUCCUUUGUAGUCUCCUUUUCAAUAAUAAGUUUAUUCGAAUUUCCUGCUUAUUAAAGAAACUUUCUCUUAGAAGUUAACUGACCUUUUCUUCUUAUGUGGACUUGACCUAUGGCUCAAGCCUUAUUUUCCAGGCUCUUGUCUAUAUGGCAGUAGUAUUCAUCUUUACUUGUUUUAGAAUUUUGAGAAGCUGAUUGGAAAAUCUUCCUCUUGGUGAUACUCCUCCUAAGCACACUUCACCACAAAUAGCUUUGACAUUUUUUAAAACUGGAAUUAAUACACUGUGAUAAUAAUGGUUAUCAUGUGCUAAACAAAAAUUCUGGUUCAGUCAACAACAGACCUUUACCUUUUUACCUCAGCAUGUGCCAGGCACUGUGGUGAAUGCUUCUCCAGGGUUUUCUCAUUUAAUCCUCACACCACCUCAGUGAGGUAGGUACUUUUCUUCACCCUGUUUCACAGUGAGACAGGCACAGAGCAGCUGCUCGGGGGCGGCUCAGGUACCACAAGGCUCCACCACCCAGUCAAGGAUCCCCCACUUGGCACCUGCCCAAGGCCACGCCCAGUGCACCCCCAGCACCCCAAGAGUUACAGCCCUGCAGGCAAGGAGCUUGCAGUCCCAAGGCUGACCCACC